AUGAGAAUGAUGAUCAUAGCAAUUCUCGCUGCGCUGGCUCAAGAGCCUUUCAGAGUUCAGAGUGGAGCGCGGCUGCGAAGUGUCUUGCCAGGUGGCGACCCCUGCGAGCAGGAUGCGCAACAGGUGCAGGUCCUGCUUUUCAAUCGGCGGCGUGCAGCUGUCGAGUCGAAGGCUCUAUUUGUGGAGCCCAAGGUCGAGGGCUACUUCCUUCAGUCGGUGGAGAAGGCCGCGACUGAUCCUGAUGAUCCAGAUGCUGUCGCCACCUUUCUCAUCGAUGAUUCCUUCUACAUUCUGCAAGUGCCCAAGUCAGCCUUCUUUUCGCUUUCAAAGAUAUCACUUUGUGACUCCUGGUCCAGUCCAGUGUAUUCUCGCCGUGCAUCACCGACCACAUGUUUUUCAGACAGGAACCAAUGA